CCCCUGGCACAACCCUCUCCUCCCGUUGCCAGAGCUGCCCAAGUGUGCGAAGCUGCACCCGUUCACCCGGUUCCUCCCCAGGCUGAAGUACAGGGGCUUCCUCCACCACCUCCACCCCCUCCCUUGCCACCUCCAGGCAUUCGACCCUCCUCUCCUGUCACAGUUGCGGCCCUUUCUCACCCUCCUCCUGCUCUGCACCCUCCUCCCACAGCCAUUGUCCCUGGCCCUCAUGCCCCCCUGAUGCCUCCAUCUCCACCAUCCCAAGUGAUCCCUGCUCCUGAACCCAAACGCCAUCCUUCAACUCUUCCUGUCAUCAGCGAUGCUAGAAGCGUUCUGCUGGAAGCAAUACGGAAAGGUAUUCAGCUACGCAAAGUUGAAGAACAACGUGAACAAGAAGCUAAACAUGAGCGCAUUGAGAAUGAUGUUGCUACUAUACUUUCUCGUCGCAUCGCUGUGGAAUACAGUGAUUCAGAAGAUGAUUCAGAAUUUGAUGAAGUGGAUUGGUUAGAGUAAAAUUAUUACAUUGCUGUACACUGCAAAAUCGAAUGCUAAUGUCCAUUGUGGUGCUUGUUCUUUGAAAGUUUGAUGGUCAUUUCUAGUGUUUUUUGUAUUCUUUUCUUUACAUAAUUAAUCCAUGUUUUUCUACUUUUCCGUUUACAAAAAGCUCCUAGUGCAUCUUUGAAAUUAAAUGUUUUACGGUGGCUUUUCUUACACAUCUUUUUUGAAAGAACAUACUUUGUUCCAAUAGACCACUAAGUAUUAAGCAUGGGCAGCUGUUAGUAGAGUAGCAGUUUCAAUUUUUUGGCAUAUCUUAACUGUGCACUUUGUGAAUUUUAAGUUAAUGAAGGCAACUGAGAUUGACAUUCCAACGGCAGCUGUAUGUACUAACAAGCCUUACUCCAAUUCCGAUAGUGUUUUAAAACAUUAAACCUAGCUAUCAAGAGAUCACUGCCUUGAUUACAUCUGUACACUGAAAGUACAUAUAGUUAGCAGCACUGAACACAUUGAAAGGAAAAUGGAUCUUUGGGGGUUUUUAUUAUUGUUUUAUUGUUGUUUUUAAAUAAUUAUGGCCUUAUUUGAAUGUUUAGAGAUUCCCCUUCCCUUCUUCCCUCACAGGUACAUAUUGUGUGGUACUAUUUUUGCCUGCAUAAUAAAAGUUUAGAUUUUUUUUUUUUCCCCCCUUGUGAAAUCUUUUGACUUAAAACAUGCUGUGUAACUUAUGUAACUGUUAAAAUAACAGUUUGAUUUAAUAAAUGGUUCAUUUUAAAUGUU